AUGAGCUCCAUCGCUCAACUGGUGGGCAGUUUGCCACAACGAAGUCGACAGAUAAUCACCGUCAUAGGAGCGCUCGUUGUUGUCAUAUCGCUCUAUUGCAUUGGGAAUAGCGACUAUGCAACGACCUACAUGCCGCCAACAAAGUCGGCGACGAGCCAUGCCGUGCCUCGACCUCCAGAGAAGCUUUACGGGAAGGGAUACAAAGGCCAUUCGCAGCCUGAUGACAUUAAUCGAGUGACCAAUGACACGCUUGGGUUUUCAAAGAUCUUCGUUGUUGGCCUGCCAGAGCGGAGUGAUAAACGUGACGCCGUGGUCUUGACGGCGGCCUUGACAGGUUUCCAUGUCGACUUUGUUGACGGAGUCAAGGGGGAAUCCAUUCCUGACAAGGCUGUUCCAUUUGGAAUCAAUCGACAAGCGCUGAUGGAGAAUAACUUGGGCAGCUGGAGGGGCCACAUGAACGCAGUCAGAAGGAUAGUCGAGGAAGGCCUCGAAUCUGCUCUGAUCAUGGAGGACGACAUGGACUGGGACGUCCGGUUGCGUUCCCAACUAGAGAAGGUCGCCAAGGGCACCCGCGAGAUAUUCGGUGGCGGUUCGAACCCACACUCACCCUACGGGGACAACUGGGACGUCCUGUGGCUAGGACAUUGCGGGGAGCCGUUCCCCGAGUUCUUGGAAGAGAACAAGGACAAGCCUCUGGAUCAUCCAGGCCUUCAAUUUAUGAAGCACAAAUACGUCAUCGAAAACGACCCAACAGUCCCACCGCCGGACAGAACCACCGGCCUGGUGGACUUUCAAGCCCAUCCGUACACCCGAUGGGUGCACGUCUCUGCUGCGCCUAUUUGCACUUUCGCUUAUGCGUUGUCGCAACGAGGAGCCCGCAAGGUCCUUUUUGACUUGAGUGUGGACCAUCUGACUGGUGCUUUUGACAACGCGCUGGCGGGCCUCUGCCGCCGCUCGGUCGCUGCUGUGGGAGAGGAGAACGCAGAAGGGGACCGUGGGCUGAACACGAAGUGUAUCUCUGUCACGCCGCCGGUCUUUUUCCACCAUAAGGCUAAAGGAAUGGUUAUGGGUGACAGUGACAUUCAGGAUGUGGGUGGGGAUGCCGUGCGUGACGAGGGGACGACAGAGAACAUCGUGUGGAGUGCGAGGAAUAACAUCCGGAAUAUGAUUAUGGGCAGGGAGAUGGAGAGCCAGUUCUAA